CACUUACGCAGUAUCACACUCAGAAAGCUAACGACUUUCCAUAUAGACAGUGUGUUUUAACCUACACUCUGGUUCAUUGGGAAUUGAUGAACGGUUUUCUACGUGGUAAUUCCCACUGCUAUUGCGUCCCUGCUAUAUUUUUGCAUAUACCAGAUUCCUACUGUUUUCUCAGCAAACAACGUGCUUUUUUGGCGUCCUAUUAAUACUAAUCUUCGUAAAUACGCGCCAUCUGUUUCUAUUUAUUCUUUUUCUUUUGUCGUAAUAGGGUAACGACACUUUACCUGCUUUCUUUUUCCAGUGCACCAUAUCCAUAUGUCCAUACCCGUAGAUGCCAAUAGCAUCUUAGAAGCUGAAGAGGAUGGAAUGCUAAAACGGCUGGAGGAGUUGCAAUUGCAAGCAUCUAAUAUUCUGAAGGAACUGAGAAGUUCUGAUUUGGAUUUGAAAGAAAAUAUCCCUACAGAAGAAAAUAAGGAAACUAGCGUUACGACUAAUUAUGACUCCUUCGCUGUCGGAGUAUGUUCCCCUGUAAAAGAAAUUGAUGAAACUGAAGUUGUCGACGCUCCAAAGGAGCAGAAGGAAGAGCCUUCUAUGGAAAUUGACGGUAAACAUACGCUAGAAGAGCUGACUGACACCGUAGAAGCAAAAGAGGACAUUUCUUUGGCUCCUUUGCCUUCGGUUCCGUCUGCAACCGUCAUCUCAGCACCAAGUUCUCCCGUAAAGAAGAGCGUAGGUCCCGUUCAAGUGAAAGCUAAGGUUUCUACCACUCAAUCGUCAAAGGCAAAGGUUUUGCGUCCUUCUACGACACGUUCACGUCUUCCUCGAGUUGCCCAAUUGUCAUCCAAACCUACCGUUCCUCAUACAAACCCGACACAGCGUCCUGCAACCUCCGCGGGUCUACGUUCUCGGGCAAACUCAACCACAACGUUGAAUUCUUCCUCUGGUACUGUUCGCCCAGCACCAAGAGUUGUUCGCCCCUCGGCAAGGUCAGGCGUCGUUUCUUCUGCAACUCGUCCUGUUCGAGCAAGCACCUCAGCGAGUAUUGUUCGUUCGCCUUCGCGACUGGGCACUACUACUACGUCCAGACCUGUAACCACUCGCCCUCAAAGUAAAGCCAGUGUACGUACUGCGCAUGUUAACGUUAGUGGAAACGCAACAGCCAAGGUACGAGUGGGUUCAACUGCCUCUAUUGUUCGGCCAUCAACCUCUGCGGCCACACGCAGACCCUUAUCUCGCAUUGGUAAUGAAGCUACCAUUCAUCGCCCUACUUCAACAGCUUCUGUUCGCGUUAUUUCCUCCCCAUCAAGAAAUGCAACCACUCGUGCCGUAAAACCGCCCACCGUUUGUUCCCCUUCGCGUUCGUCAUCUCGACUUGAUCAACGUUCUUCAGUGAGAUCAGCGGCUCAAAUUGUACGCCCUGGUUCUACUGCAUCGUAUCGAUCCCCCUCUCGACAAGCAUUGGAUAGCACUCUUUCUCCGAAUGUUCGUCUUCCCUCUACGGUAACCGUUCGAUCUCCCUCUCGUCAAGCGAAUGGACGUGCAUCGGUUGCAGGUCUACGUUCAGGUUCGUCGGCUGCUAUCCGCUCUCCUUCCCGUCAAGCAGUCAGUGCGCGUGUAGCAAGUCCAGCAAGCAUUCGUUCACCCUCUCGUCAAAGUGUUUCAACUACUACUUCUCCCUCUGUUCGUGCAGGCUCUUCAGCAACUAUCCGAACCCCGUCUCGUCAAACAGUUCGUCGCCCAUCGACAUCCGCCGGCAAUUCCCCUUCACUUCGCCCAGCAUCUUCAUUAAGUAAGCAACCACGGAUGGGUGUAAAAGCAUCUGUCUCGCAAGCAAAUAUUCUUCGUCCCACAUGCGUUUCUCGCACAUCAACGUCUCGCCCUCAUGAAACACCAUUACGUGCAAGAGCAAACACGAGUUUAGGGCAUUGGAGAAGCAAAGCCGAUAAUUCAUCCGUUACCUCUUUGAUGUCGAAUUCGAAUGACAGUGCGGCGCUCCUCCCGCACACGGCUAUUAUGCAAGCAGCGGAACAGAAGACUACAUCGUCGAAUUCUCUUACUAAUAAUGCCUCACCCACUGGCAAGCGUCUAGUGUCGUCUGUGGUCUCGUCGGUUCCCAGUGUUGAUUCCAUUCGAGAGGAGAACGAGAUUCCUGCAAGUACGGAAGCUCAGCCUGAAGAAACUACUCUCGACAUAAAUAAGCAAUUGGACUAGAAAAGAGGAAUUACUGCAGCCGGUUAAAAAGAUGGCAAAAUGCUUAUGUGUAGAGAUUUAUUUGAAAUAAUGAACCUUUUCAGAAUUAUACGAGUAUUGGACAAGCAACAGCAAAAAUUCUCUUCUACUAUGGCGCAUAGACUUUGCUUCACACUGUACUUACUACUUCAUUCUCACUGUCAUUUGGUCGGAAGGAAGACAAAUAAAACAUACUUCAUGUUUCAAUGAAAAAUCAUUUGAAGAGAUACAAAAAAGGCGACUCUUAAGAUACCCAAAACAUUAUACUUUUGUUUGAAUUCUGCUAUAAUAUUCAACUGUUCUGUUUUACGAUUAUGUAGUGUCUACCGUGCUCCCGUAAACAUACUUGGCCAAGUAACAUGUAACCUC